UAGCUCGCGACAAAACCGACUUUAUGUUCGUUAAUUUGAUUUUGCCUGUCCCUUGAUAGCACCUGGCGUCACGAUACCCGCUCCUAUUGCCAGCUCAAAUUGCCCACCAGCAAGACGCGAGUCAAACGAAGGGCAAAUGAAUCCCUCCUCGGCUCCUAGAACUGGAAAUCAUGAGCGAAUCUGCCGCACGCUAGUCUAAUCCGGGAUUUUUCGCCAUCAAAACCGACUUGCAGUGGGAUUAGAUAAGCUAGCGUCCGGUCAAUUGAGGGAGCUAUUAGCGAGACCGGGUCGGCGAAAUCCUCAGGUCCGCCGACGACAAGCUCACCUAUUUAUGCGACAUUUGCAGGUUAAUAACAUUGGGAGGACAUUGAUUCGGUCGAAUACAAGCCAAUAAACGACCAUGUUUACGCGAGCCGUGUCGAAAUGGGGCUCUAAGUCCUCGACGAAGCUUCAGAGACUCUGCUUCAGCUCUACCGCGGCUGCGCGAGCCGAUUUCACUCAUGCCGUGAUUGGAGGCGGUGUUGUUGGUCUGGCUGUUGCCCAGAGGCUCGCACAACGCGAAAACACGUCAACGAUUCUUAUUGAGCGCAACUACGGGAUUGGCAUGGAAACAAGCUCGCGCAACAGCGAAGUCAUCCAUGCAGGCAUCUAUUAUGGCACCGACAGUCUCAAAGGGAAGCUUUGCAUCCGAGGAAAGGAGCUGCUUUACGAAUUAUGCGAUCAGGCCGACAUCCCGUAUCGUCGUACGGGCAAGUGGAUUGUGGCCCAGAACGAAGCCCAAUACAAAUCGCUGGAGAAGAUUUAUGCGACAUGCCAGGAGCUCAAUGUUCCCAUGAGAUGGGUGAGCCAGGAUGAGGUGGAAAGAGACGGCGAAGGAGUGGUGGCGCGCGCUGGCGUUCUGGAGAGUCCAACCACCGGCAUUGUCGACUCACACAGCUUGAUGCUGGCCUUGCAAGGCCGUUUCGAAGAGUCCGAAGGCAUGAUGGCCCUCAAUUCCCAUGUCGUCGCAGUGAGGCCACUGGGAGAUGCUGGUAGUCAGGGCUGGGAGAUUGAUGUGAAGGAUGCGGCGACAUCGGACAUGUCCACGAUAACGGCGGAAACACUCAUCAACUCGGCAGGUCUCGGCGCAGUCUCAAUUCACAACAUGAUCACCCCUCCAUCACGCCACAUGAAGAUGUUUUACGCCAAAGGCAACUAUUUCUCGUACUCUUCAUCUACACCAAAGGUCUCUCGUCUGAUCUAUCCCGUCCCAGCACCAGGAGCUGGCGGCCUCGGAACACAUCUAACGCUGGAUAUGGGCGGUCGAAUUCGAUUUGGACCUGAUGUCGAGUGGGUAGACAGCCCCGAUGAUCUAAUUGCCAACACGAAGCAAUUGCCGCUGGCGAUAAAGGAUAUCCAGCAGUACCUGCCUGCUGUGGACGAAAGUUGCCUGGCAGCUGAUUAUGCCGGUUUACGACCAAAGCUAGCCAGGGGGGGAGGAGGUGUAGAUGGAAAGGGGUUCCUAGACUUCAUCAUCCGCAAAGAGGAAGGAUACAAUGGCUGGGUGAAUCUCUUGGGUAUUGAGAGUCCCGGGUUGACAAGUUGUUUGGCAAUUAGCGAAAAGGUGGACUCUUUGUUAUAUGGUUCUAAUCUAAUCUAACUUCUGUCUGCUCCCUCAAGGUGAGCAAGUUGCCGGCACAAGGUCAAAAAAACACAAUUUUAUCCAC